UGCUGAAAGACCACAAUAUUUCAGCCAUCACUUAAAUUUGCAGGGCUGCCUUCUCUUCAUGUCCUCCUCUGUGUCGUCCCAGCCGUUUUCUGUGUCACUGUGUGCAUUGUGUUUCUCUCCUCUAGAUAAAAAGCUGAGAGCGGUCGUCGUUUUGAACUUGCCUCUCCUUUUCCAGCUCUGCAUGAGCCAGACUGUGACAGCUGAAUACGAAUACAAUAGCAACUUCACGAUUGACUAUGAUGGGUAUGCAGACAUCUGCAAGAAGGAUGAGAUCCGGCGAUUCCGUGCAGUUUUCUUACCCAUCGUAUAUUCCCUUGUGUGUUUUGUGGGGCUGGCAGGCAACUGCCUGGUCAUGGUGACGUACGUCUACUUCAAGAGGCUCAAGACGAUGACAGAUAUCUACCUCCUCAACCUCGCUGUAGCGGACAUCCUCUUCCUGCUGACUCUCCCCUUCUGGGCCAUCAGCGCAGCAAAGUAUUGGGUCUUCAAGGAGUUUGGUUGCAAAGCCAUCCACUGCAUCUGCCAGAUGAGCUUCUUCAGCGGAAUGUUGCUGCUGCUCUCCAUCAGCAUCGACAGGUAUUUCGCCAUUGUCCAGGCCCCCUCAGCCCACCGCCUUCGGUCCCAGAGAGUUUUCGCCAGCAAGGUCACCUGCCUCUCCAUUUGGAUGCUGGCUUUCGUCCUCUCCAUCCCUGAGCUGGUCCACAGGGGCAUCUAUGAGUCUGACCAACAGAAGCCACGCUGCAGCAUCCUAGCAUACAACUUGCUGGCCUUCAGCACUGGCAUCAGGAUUUGCCAGAUGCUCUUUGGCUUCCUGAUGCCUCUCCUAGUGAUGACGUUCUGCUACUGCGUCAUCAUCAGGACCUUGUUCCAAGCCCGUAGCUUCGAGAAGAACCGGGCGAUCAAGGUCCUCAUCGCCGUGAUGGUGGUCUUUGUCCUCUUCCAGCUGCCCUACAAUGGCGUUGUGCUAGUUGAGACCAUCUCGGCCUUCAACCACACCAACGGCCAAUGCGAAGUCAUCAAGCGCAUGGAUGUGGCCAAUGACGUGACGUACGGCCUGGCGUGCUUCCGCUGCUGCCUCAACCCCUUCCUGUACGCCUUCAUAGGUGUCAAGUUCCGCAAUGACCUGCUCCGGCUCCUCAAGAACCUGGGCUGCAUCAGCCAAGCGCAGCUCUGGCAGUGGUCAACGUACCGGGAGAACACAAGGUGCUCCAUUGCCACGGAAACUGACACCACCACCACUUUCUACCCUUGAAAGGCCCUAUGGGCAGGGACGUUGGACCACCAGUCAACUUGGUGUCACAACAACAGCCUUUUCCAUUGGCCAGCGUGAGAGAUUGACACUUGGAACCUUUGUAUCUCACCCGGUGGGUAUGUUUUCAUGUUGCCUGAAGGGACCAAUGGACCGCCCCCCUCCUCCACAGAUCAACUCACAUAAUUCAGACUGUUGCAUGGAGUAAAGAGAUGUGGACUGCAGAAAAGCUGCUCA